UUGGGGGGGGGGAAGAAGGCGUGGGGGCAAGGGAGCAGCACAGGCUUCCAUUGUCUCUGCCCCCUUUCCAGAGGGGCCGUUGAAUUUCACCCAGGCUAGAGGGUUUGUCUGCAACGGGAUGGAAGGUUGUUUCUAGGCAAGCAAAACAGAGCUUAAAUCUCCCCUUGGUUUUAUGGUGGUUGAACCUGAGGGCAGUGCCUCUGAGCGUGUCCAGAAGGCUGUUGCGGGAGGGAUGGGCAGCUAGGCACCAGCCGGCACAGAGCCAAGACAGAACCAAGCCCCAUCCAGUCCUCGGAGGGCCGCGCCAGAGAGAAGGCCCCAGUGCUCUCCGGUGAAGCCCUGGUGUUAUGCAGCGCGUGUCACAAAAAGCUGCCCUCCUGCCGCGGCUGGGUGGUGCUCGCUUCAGGGCACGACGUGUGGUGAACCCAGGGCGAGUGGCUGGCUCAGCGUGCUGUGCAAACACAGAAAGUGGGUUACUGUCAAGCCCUGACUUAGUGGACCUUAAACCUAAGUGCCCAUUAAAUCUCUCUCGACUGCGUCGCGGGGAGGCUAAUCGCUUGCUGCUGCUUCACAGCCAGUAUCCGCUGGCCCGCCUGGUCUUCUGGGCACCUUCUUCCUCUCCUCCCCAGGCACGGGAAGCAUGCAGAAAAACUGCCUGGCACUCACCUGCAGCUGCCAUGGCCGAGGAAUCGCAGUCUGAGACGCUUCUCCUGAGGGCUACUGAAGAGCCUUCCUCCGUGCACUCUGUCCUGAUGGUCCUAGGAAAGCUCCUCUUUGCUGUGCUGGCUGUUGCAGGAAUUGUCAUUGGAAUAGUCUACUUCAGCCAGUGUCCCCGGCAGCCUCCCCUCCCUGUUUACGUGGUCAUCUUGGGCAUUGUUACGCUCUUGCUCCUGUUCCUGAGCUGCAUUCCCUGCGGGGACGGCACCAAUCGACCAAGCACCCUACUCAGCUGUUUCCGGGCAGCUGGUUUCCUCUUCCUCUGUGCCUGGUUCAUUGCAGGUAACGUGUGGGUCUACUCUAUCUACCCCCCAGAUUACGAGGCCGUUGGCCAUCCCGACUUCUGCCAGCGGACUCUCUUCCUCUUUGCCUUUGGGGUCACCACCGCCAUCCACAUGGCCUUGGCAGUGGCGCUGCUGCUGGCUCUGGGCAUUCUUGCAGUCAUCCUUAUCUUGAACGCGAUGAUGCCCUAUGGUAGGCACAACUGUCCCGGGGGCCCAUAGCAGCUGUGGGGUGUCUUUGUUCUUAGUGGACCUUUUUGCUAAUAAAUCUCGGUGUUGCUAAGCUGCGUCGUCCUCCCACUUGGAUUUGGGCUGAAGCGGUACUAGAGGGGCUUUGGGGAGGUUGGACGCCACCCGGUUCCUGGAAGCCGGGCUCGGCAGGGCGGAGCUGCCGAGCUGGCUCUCCUCCGCGGCUGGCUCGUGGUGGGGAACGGGAGGACCGGGGCUCGCGGAGACAGCACCCCCGCCGCUUUCCUCCCUCCCCACUGAUUCGCAGCGCCCGCGCGCGCUGCGUUUCCCCGCUCCGAGGGGGAG